AAUCCGGCAAAGCAUAUGUGAAGGGGAAGGCGGGGUUUGUAGAGUUGAGCUGUGAAUCCUCAGAUGAUCCAGUCCGUGUAGAAACCAGGAGGCAACUUCCGGUUCAUUUAUAUUGUUGGAUUUGAAUUCUACAAUAAACCCAGAUCGCUCACCUUAAAAAUUCAUUUAAAUGGAUAACUCCUCCCACGCCUCCUCGUUACUUUUACUCUGUUCGUCCUCCGUCAGAGUGUAAAGGAACGCACCCAGACGUCCGCUGGCUCCUCUGUGGGAUUGUAAUCCCAGGCUGUAAUCCUCCAGCUGCUGGGAUUGUUCGGUGUUUCCCUGCAGGGAGACGGUGGGGCUCCUUUCUGCCCCUCCGGGUGUACCUUCUGCGUGGGACAUGCUGAGCGUGGACAGUUUACAGGUGGCUGAGGAGGAGAUGGUGGAGUCCAGCUCCAACAAACUCUCUGACAUUUACACGUUCGUGGCCAAAGGCAGCCUCCCUCUGACCAUGAAUCCUCUACAGAAGAAGAAUUUUAAAAGAUACGCCAAGAAAUUCAUCUUUGAAGAGGGGAAGCUGUUCUACGUCGGACCCAAAAAGGAGGAGAAGCGGGAGGUGGUGAUCGAGGCCAAGAGGAAGAUGCAGAUCUUCCUGGAUUCCCACCUGAGUGACGUCGGCCGUCAUCUGGGCCAGAAGAAAACCGUCCACCGGAUCCAGAGCAGGUUCUACUGGCUCGGCAUCAUUAAGGACGUGGUGGAGUGGAUCAAAGUGUGUGAAACCUGUCGGCAAACCGAGAGGAACAAGAACCUGGCCAGAACUGUCCGGCCCGCUAGAGUGGAGGCACCCUGGGAUAUCGUUGGCAUUGAUUUCAUCGGACCGUUCACAGAAACCCGGCGAGGGAACAGAAGCGUGGUUCUGUUCAUCGAUUACUUUAGCAAAUGGCCAGAGGCUUUCCCCGUGCAAACAGUGGACCCCCUGUCGGUGGCCAGGUGUGUCUCCAACUGCAUAUACAGGUUUGGAGCCACUAAAACGGUGGUUUGCGCCCAGAAGCCUGAAUUCUGUGAAGAGGUGUCAAAGGUGCUGCAUGAGAAGUGGAAGCUGGUGCAGAGGGUUUCUGCUCUGGAUCAGCCUCAGCUCAACCCGCUGCACGACUGCAGCGGCCCGCUGCUGAAGGAGGCUGUGGAGCAGAUGGUGGCGGAGAAGCAGGCGGACUGGGACGACUUCCUGGACCCGGUCCUCUUCCUCUUCCGGACCUCCAGCAACCCGACGACCAAGUUCGCUCCAUAUUCGCUCAUGUUUAGCAGGAAGGCCAAUCCACCCGGCGAGACCAGGCUGACGCCGCCUCAAUACGACGAGCCGGAGACGGACGGCUGCAGGGAGCAGGACGGCUGCAGGGAGCAGGACGGCUGCAGGGAGCAGGACGGCUGCAGGGAGCAGGACGGCUGCAGGGAGCAGGACGGCUGCAGGGAGCAGGACGGCUGCAGGGAGCAGGCCUCCACAUGCAUGAACAUAAUGCGUGAGCAGCAGAACGCCGUUAAGCAGAUGGUGAUUGCAAACAUGAAUGCGGCCUACAAACAGGAGAAGAAAAGGAAGAAGGCAAAGCGCAGGAUGCAGAGCGCCUCCCCGGCUACGCUGAAGGUUACAGAGCCCCUGUUUGCUGCAGGGGACUCACCCUCCGCCAAAAAAGUCAAAGACAGCUUGUAUCUGUCCUUUCCCGUGGAGACGGUGCUGGCCACCGAGCCGAACGGCGCCGAGGGCGUGAAGACGGAGCUGGCGUACCGCCUGGCUCAGCCUGACGUCCACUGAUGAUGAUGAUGCUGACUGAACAGUGUCAUUUAAGGCUGAAGCUCAGAGAUUCACCUCCACUUUCUGCAAACAGACACC